AUGCUUGCUCGUUCCAUCAAGCAAAGCAUGAAAAAGAGUCCAUCGCAUUACAACAGAGCACUCUUACGACAUUCCAUUCGCCCAAUUCAUUUGCCACAAUUACCAAAACCACCAAACAAGUAUGAACUGCUCAUUCAAGCCCGUGGAUUUAUUCAACGACUCAAGAUCAGAGUCAAGUACCCGUUGAUGAAGCAAAUGCGGCCCUUUACAUUGAACGACAUUACUGCAUUAUUCUCUUGGGUGUUUCUAGGACACACAGUAUGGCUUGUUGUCGGCACAACCAGCUUUCUUAGCUUUGGAUUGUGGGCUGCUAAUUCACUACAAUUUCAAGAAUGGGUGACACAUAAAAUGGGCCAUUACCUAACACUAUCAUCCGAGGCAGUCGUGGUAUUUGAAUCGGCAACGCCCAAUUGGAAAGAUGGCAAGAUCAGAUUAAGCAACGUUCAUGUGGUUUGCAUGCCUCGAUCUGAGCAGCGCAAAUUCCAGCAGGGAUUACAAGAGAAGGAACCCGCUAUUGUGCAAGGCGAUUUGUUGCAUGGUAUCGAGUUGGAUCAGGAUGAAUUGACACCCAAGGCUCAAAAGAGAUUAAAGCGCAUGCCAUGGUUUGAUCUGGCUAUAGACUCUGUCGAGGUAGAACUGAGCUUGAUGCGACUGAUGGAAGGAAAGGGCAUUGUCAAGAGCGCAAAUGUGGUAGGGGUCCGUGGUAUUAUUGACAAUCGACGGGCUGGUUGGAACAAAAGUGCUGCCUGGGAUGCCGAAACAGUGAGGAAGAGCCAUAUUCCUGGGGAUUUUGAAAUGGAUCGACUUGUGCUGGAAGACAUGUCCGUGGUGGUGUACAUGCCGAAGGGAUUUAGACCCUUUCCAUUCUCUAUUAUUCAAGCACAGUUUAGUAGACUGAGAAGACAAUGGCUAUUUUACGAUACACUGUGCGCAGACAAAAUCAUUGGCUCAUUUGAUACCAGUUUAUUCAGUGUACAUACGCCUCAGCUUGAAAAGAGUGUUUUGGAAUACUCUGAUCUAGAAGCAAAAGGCAGUAAUCCCAAUUUGGCCAGCUAUUAUCCAUUCAAAAAAUCCAACCCUCAAGGCGUGUUUGUGGGAGGGGAGAAUCAGCAGUUUGGUGUGCUAAUAGAUGACAGUAUGAAAGAGCAGGGCUAUGAAAGAAAAUCAAGGCUGAGGAUUGAAGGCGUGAGCAUGGAUCAUGUACAUCGACUUGGUCCUGGACCACCACAAUGGAUCACCUCAGGCACUAUGGAUUUUUGUGCAGACAUUUAUAUACCAGAUGAAAAGAGAAAGGGGAAACCACCGAGCGUAGCUCAGGCUAUCUUUCAAGUUUUCAAGCAAAGUUUGCCCCAAUCCAUCAUCCUUGGCACAGGCACUGGUCAAGUAAUCUCACUGGGAGACACCACACCACCUGUUGCAGAGCAAGAUCAAAAGAAAAAGUUUGUCAUGGAUAUUGAUGUUCGCUUCAAAAAUAUCAAGGGCGUAGUCCCUCUCAAGAUACCCGAGUUUAGCUAUCUCAACAGUGCCAUGGUGCGUCCACUUAUUGCUUAUAUCAACCAUAACAGAACCAUUCUUCCCAUCAAAGGGCGUAUUAUUAUGGAUCUCGAGACAUUCAAUGGAGCUUGGACUAUUCAUGACUCGACGCUUGGCAAUCGACUCAACGAAUGCAUCACUACAGGGUUUGUCAAUCUUGUAUCAGAUCAGCAGGAGCGGAACAAGCGACUUAAGCAGAUCGGUUUUUGGAGCUUCCGUGAAAUGAUUCGCAAUGUUGUUACUCUACACGAUACUCUGCAUGGAUCAGCUCGUGGUUUUUGGACGUAUUUGGGUCAAUAG